UGACUUGAAAUUCAAACAUUUUUGCAUUUUAAAGUUAAUUAUUCUCAUCAACUUUAGCAAUUUACUGAUUCCGCUUAUACACAUGAAAAAAAAAUAAAUACAAAAAAAAUUACACUACGAAAGCUUUUUGCAUUCAGCUUUAUUUAAUAGUCAUGAAGCUUGGUAUAAAUUUAAUUUACCCGACAUCUGUGGUCAUCUUUAUAAUAUUGUUGCAUUUGCAAUUUAGCAGUGCAAGAAAUCUGGCCAAUGCCACAAAGGUGUUAGCUAACAAAGAAUUAACAGCUGAAGCCAUGAAAAGCAACUCGACUAACAAGCAACAAAAUGUCACCACUCUGAAUAGUUCUAAAAGUCAGCGAAUCAAUGACACCACCGCGAUAACAACUUUGUCCAUUCAAACCAAGUUGUCAGAGGAAUCUGAACUCAAAACCAGUACAGUGAUAACUCAUAUUGUGCGCAAGAAGCGUGAGUUCGAAGUGACAAUGCCCUAUGAUUUUAAUACGAUGCAUAUGCCAUGUGAAUUGGAUGCAGUUAAUAGACCUUAUAUCAUAUUUUUCUUUCCAAAUCAUUGCAUUUGGGUAGUAAACAAUAGACAUUCGCACGAGGGCUUUUAUCGGGUCUAUAAGAUGUAUCAGUUGGAAGCUCACCUCUUUGGGCAAUAUUAUGAGCGAUUGAAACGAUACGAAAUCGAUCCACAUUUUUUCGAGUACAAAUAAUUACACUGCAAUUAAAUAAAAUUUAAAUAAAAAGCAUGAAAGCAA